CUUCUGUGUGUGUACUGUGAAGUAAGACCCGAAAAGAUAUCAAACCUAGCUAAUUCCUACGGAGACUGACAUUCAUUGUUAACGUUUAAACGUGAGCUCAGAGUGAACUCUGGGAGGUUCUGGGCUUCUGGGUCAUGUACCGGCCGGACCAACCUGAGCAGAGGCCGCGGGUGCCGUUUGGUUCUCCACCGCCCCUCGGUCUGCAUGUCAGACCCCCGGUGGCCUGUCCCCCGCCUCACCCUGGACACGGCGGCCCGUUUUCGGAGAACCGUUUUCUGUUCAGCAGGCUGCCAGCAAGCCACUUCGUCAGUCCCCAUUGUAGCAACUUCCCUAUAGACCAUAGUAUAGUGGGAGGCAACCAGCAGCUUGUUCCUUCGGCAGAACUGCAACAUCAUCAGGCCCCCCUGUGGAAUCCUUUAAUUGUGAAACGCCACCCUCAAGACAACAGUGAUCGGGCUGGAGAGGAAUUUCUGAGAUGCCUUGCGGCCAACAAACCUCUACCAGACUAUCUCAAAGGGAACAUGACAUACAAUUUGUUGGAUGCAUUGAAGUCUGCUAAAGACCUGAAAGAAGCAGUCAAAGGAGAUCCACAGUUCCAGAAGCACGCUGGCAGGAACAAGAGUCGAAGCAGAAGUCGAAGUCGGGGCAGAAGUCGAGGGAGGUCUCGAGCCAAAAGCCGACCAAGAAGCAAAAGCAGGGGAAGAAGCAGAAGUAUGGGAAGAAGCAAAAGCUGUGUGCGUGGAAAGAGUCGAGCUAGAAGCAAAAGUAGGGCUCGCAGUCGAAGCCGAAGUCAGAGCAAAAAGAGUCACAAACGAAGUAAGAGCAAAGUCAGAAGGUCUAAGUCCCGUAGUGCCAGUAUUGAAAAAAAGAGGAAGAGGAGCCCUGUGCAUAGUAGUAGCAGUGUUGGCAGCAGCAGUAACAAUUUGACAGAAAAUAGUUUGUUGGAAGGACUGAAGAUGGUGAUAAAGAGCAAAGAUUUGGAAGAACGGUUACCAGCGCUCAAAGAUGCCAUCCUUGGUAUUCAGGUCUCUGAUGAAACCAAGAAGCUGGAAAGUACCUCUGCUAAGUGUAAGAUUGAGAAGCGGAGCAGCCUGGACAUUAUGACAUCGAUGGAAAGCGACAGCAUGUUGCUUCCUCAUGAGAGAGUUGGCAGUGACUUUUCUUGGCUCAAUGACAACGGUCAGGAGAACCUGUCCGUUCAGAAGGCUAGUGAGCUGGAGGAUGAGGAGUCUUUCCUGUAUGGGGCUGAACCACCUCAGAAUGGAGGCCAUGUCAAAGUGGACAAAAACCAUUCUUCUGGUGUUGGCCGUCACCAGAACACGUCCCUGUUCAGUGGGCUCAAUAAUUUGGUUGAUCCAAAACCCCCCCAACAGAUAUCUUUAUCGACUUUCUCCUCCGUCAGUCUGGAUAGCAUAGAAUGUGAGAAAAUCAAGAAUAUAUUAAGCAACCUGGGUGGAAAAUCAGAUAUUGGCAAGAUGCUGAUGAAGACUCAAGGCCAAAAGGAGGGCAGUGAGGCGUCUGGUGCACUAUUCAGUUCUGACACAGCAGCAGAGACACUGAGUAACCCAAAUGUACGGAAAGCUCUGGAGUCUCUGCAGUCUCUGAUCAAAGCAACAAAGGAGAAACGGACAAAAAGUAACGACCAGUCCCUGACCUCGUCUGAUAAACACAAGUCAGGUGACCAAGGUGACAAGAAAAGAGCUAAAAUGAAGCAAAUUGAAUCCCUAGCGGCAGAAAUUGAGGAGUUGCUUAGACACGAAGGACUGGGUUUUAUUUCCCCAGUGGUUGGGUUUUACUGCCAGAAAUGUCAGGAGUUCAUUGGAGAUUUGAAUUCUGCUGAAAACCAUGCAACUUUCCACCAAAGUUGGCUGGACAAGCAUACUAGAGACAGCAAAGGUCACAGCAGCAGCACCAGCAGCCAACCCUCCCAUUCAGCCUCCUGGAGUGACAGAGACCUUCAGAGGAAUUGGAAGGAUGAGAAGGAGCACCGGAGCAGCCAACGAGACAGCAGGCCUGAGCAGGCAAACAUCUGCUUUAAGGAAGAGAUGAAGAAGGAGAGGAUGCUCAUAACCGUCAGCAGAGGGCUAACGCCUCCACCUCAAAGUGUCGCUGUGAAACAGGAGAACAAGGAGCACGGGAAAGAAAAACCAGACAGCAGUGAUAAAUCGUCCAAAACCAGCAGAGAGAAACACAAGACGGAAAAUUCUGAGAGCUGUGACAGCAGCGAAGAAGAGAAAUCACCUAAAGUCAAACAUUCUAAAAAGAAGAAGAAGAAGGAGAAAAAGAAGAAGAAGAAGAGUAAGAAUUAAUGUUUGUAGAGUACGGGUUUCUAGGAAUGCUGGUUCAUCGCUGCAGCUCAACGUUAAAACUUUCAGGUCUUAAAUUUCGUCAAAAAACCUCUUUCUGUAUUGUUGUUUCUUUUGUUCUGAUCUGAGAAGAGAGUUCACCUUAAAAAUCCCAAAUUUAUUUUGCUGCAUUGGUAAGUUCUCCUGCACAAAGAAAAAACAUAUAGAAGUAUCUGUGUGUGUUACAGAGAGGGAUGUUGGUGGGAGUCACAACCUGGAUUGGAGUUUUGAGGCAGAUGCAUUUAAUUCCCUUCUUUUCAGAUGUUUGUCUUUUUAUCUUUAUUCCUCAGUCUGCAGUUUUAACAUGGAACUUGGUGUUGGCUGACGGUAGGAAGGUCUCCAAAAUGUCGUACCAUCCUUGCUUUCUGACUCCACCGUGUAAACACAUUGAUCUUUACUGGCUCCGUUUAUGUACUUAAACAUUACAACUGGCUAAUUGUCGUCACAUUUAUUAUGAGUAUUUUCCAAUUCUUUAUUUUCCUAUUUUUAUCAGAACUCCCAACAUGACACGUGUCUGUAUCUUGUGAGAUUGUAAAUAAAGAAACCAAACCUUUUUAAUAAAAUGUGUUAAACGUCGGA